GUGGGCAGGCGGCUAAUCCCUCUUUGACACCGACAGCGCCCCCGAAAUUGACGAGCCACAGACUUUGGGUCCGAGUACUGUGCGGUAAUUUGUCGCAUUAGUCCGCUCCGGAUCAGUCCAAUCUUGCUGGCUGUGUUUGGAAUUUUUUUCAAUUCAUCCUACCCUGAUGGUCAGCCAAGUUGGAAGUUCCCUUCUCUAUCCCUAACAGGUUUUAAGCCAUGCCUACCAGACUUCAUCACAACAGAAAGAAGCGUGGACACGUUUCCGCUGGUCACGGUCGUGUUGGUAAGCACAGAAAGCAUCCUGGUGGUCGCGGUCUUGCUGGUGGUCAGCACCAUCACCGUAUCAACAUGGAUAAGUACCAUCCCGGUUACUUCGGUAAGGUCGGUAUGCGUCACUUCCACUUGAAGAAGAACCAGACCUGGCGCCCCGUUAUCAACCUCGACCAGAUCUGGUCUUUGGCUGGUGAAGGUGUUCGUGAAAAGUACAAGAACACCGAAAAGGUUCCUGUCAUCGAUGCUCUCCAGAACGGUUACGGCAAGGUUUUGGCCAAGGGUUCCGUUAGCCAACCCGUCAUUGUCCGCACCCGCUACGUCUCUCGCCGUGCUGAAGAAAAGAUCAAGGCUGCUGGUGGUGUUGUCGAGCUCAUUGCCUAAAUUACACACCUCUCAUCC